CAGCUGCAUCACGACACGCACGUGCGUUGCUCCAGCUCAUAUUUUCUAUCGACUUCCACAGUCGACAAGCUUCUUCUGUAUUUCUCAUUUUCACCGCUCUCAUUAUCCUCCGCUGCUUGAAUCGGUCCGUCGUAUCUUCCUCUCGCCGUCGCGUGACUGCCAUCGGUUCAUGUUCCCACCGAUCACCGUGGCGGCGAUCUUUUUAGAAUUCACUAAUAGGAAAGAGCCGUUCUCGUCUUCAUGAGUACUGCCCAGUGUAUGUUUCUCCUCACUGUUGAUUGAUCGCUUUUUAUGCUUCGCUUUUACAAGCUUUGUCGCAUUUUAGAUUUCUGAUAUCAGAUCGGUAUGAAGGUUUUUGGUGCUUCCAUAUGCUCUGGUGAGGGUUUCGGAUUUCUUAUUUAAUCUUUUGAAAAUCAGUUUCAAUUCAUUUGUGUCUCUUUAUAUAGUAAGAACUAAGAACAUAAAAGAAAUUAAUAAAUUAUGGAGCAAGAGUCUCAAAAGAGAAAGCUAGAGGGGACUACUGCGACCGAGUCCAUGAAUGCUCCAAUUCAUUGUGUGAAUAAUUGUGGAUUCUUUGGAAGCCCCAAUACAAAUAAUCUCUGCUCCAAAUGCUACAAAGAAUCCCUUCUCAAACAACCAAGACUACAAAUACCACCCGGAGAGGAAAAUGAUGUGGUUGUGAUUGUUGACACGAAAGACAAAGUGGGUGUUGAUGAUCAAAUUAUUGAAACCUCAACACAAAAUUUAGAAACCAAAACUAGUGAAGUGGAAGGAGCUACUUCGGGGAGCCCCGAGAAGCGGCCAGUGCUGAACCGGUGCAGCUUCUGCAGAAAAAGGGUUGGGCUGACGGGGUUCAAGUGCCGCUGUGGGCAGACAUUCUGCUCUCAGCACCGCUACUCAGACAAGCAUAAUUGCGCCUUUGAUUACAAGAGUGCAGGCCAGGAUGCCAUUGCCAAGGGGAAUCCUGUUGUGAAGCCAGAUAAGAUGGAGAAGAUGUGAGAUGGGAAGGAGUUUGAUAUAUAUUUGGUACUAUGAGUUCUUCUCUAUAGAGUAUAGACCCAUAAAGGAUGAUGCUUUUGAUAUGUUGGCGAAUAAUGUUUUGACAUUUAUAUAUUUAUUUGUCUGUAUAUAGUUUGGUUGAUUGUUGUGUUCUUAAUGAUGUUCAAUGUGGAAGUUUAAGGCUACAUAUUAAGUAGUGAUUUUACAUUUUAUCUGUUCCCUCAUGUUCAAAUUUCCUUGUAUUGUGUGUUGUUUUCAUUUUGUCAUCCUUUCAUUUGUUGCGAAGUUGUUUAGACAGAUACAAUCAUAUGAUACAAUGGACUUGUUAGUC